AUGGCUUCAGAAAAGGGUUCUGAUGGCUCUCUCCCCCCCGUUACAAAGUCCGGCUAUGUCCUCGACGAGCGCCGUCGUGCUGCCCUCGCAGACGUCGACAAUGCAAAGUUCUCCUGGUUCCAUGUCAAGGUCUGUGCUGUUGCAGGUGUAGGCUUUUUCACAGAUGCCUAUGACAUCUUUGCUAUCAACAUCGGCGCCACUAUGAUUGGAUACGUCUACGGUCAUGGUCAAAAACUCAACACCAACCAGGACCUUGGCAUCAAGGUUGCUACUCCCAUUGGUACCCUCUUCGGUCAACUCUUAUUCGGAUGGCUUGCCGACCAUUUAGGAAGGAAGCGCAUGUAUGGCGUCGAACUAAUUCUUAUGAUCAUUGCCACCUUUGGUCAAACAGUGUCAGGAAGCGGUCAUGCAGUAAACAUCCUCGGUGUUCUUAUUGUCUGGCGAUUCCUCAUGGGCAUAGGUAUCGGUGGUGAUUACCCUCUCAGUGCUAUCAUCUCCUCAGAGUUCGCCUCCACAAGAAUUCGUGGACGUAUGAUGAACGCAGUCUUCGCUUCGCAAGGAUGGGGUAACUUUUCCGCCGCCCUCGUGGCUUUGAUCAUUACCGCUGCUUACAAGAACUCUAUUCUCCAUGAUACCCCUCCCAACUAUAACCAUGUAGACUACAUGUGGCGUCUCCUCAUCGGAAUUGGCUGCGUCCCUGGUGUCAUCGCCCUCUACUUCCGUUUGACCAUUCCAGAAACCCCACGUUUCACCAUGGAUAUCGAACGCAACAUCCAACAAGCUUCCGCCGAUAUCUCAAAUGUUCUGACCACGGGCACGUUUCAUCAGAAUCCAGACGCCGUUGUUCAACGUGCGGAAGCACCCAGAGCUACCUGGGCUGACUUUACGGCACACUUCGGCAAGUGGGAGAACGGAAAGGUUCUUCUUGGCACUGCUUAUUCGUGGUUCGCUCUUGAUAUUGCUUUCUACGGCCUUGGUCUCAACUCAAGUAUCAUCCUCGAAGCCAUUGGAUUCGGCACUCCUUUGACCAGCGGGUCGCAGAAGGUUUACGACAACCUGAAGAACAUUGCCGUCGGAAACUUGAUUCUGUCCGCAGCCGGUCUCAUCCCCGGGUACUGGGUCUGUUUCCUGUUCAUCGACUCAUGGGGGCGUAAGCCUAUUCAAUUGAUGGGCUUCAUCAUGCUCACUAUUCUCUUCGUUAUCAUGGGCUUCGGUUACGAUGCUCUCACAAAGACUAAAUCAGCUUCUGAUGCCUUCGUCUUUCUCUACUGUCUCGCCAAUUUCUUCCAGAACUUUGGACCUAAUACAACAACUUUCGUCAUUCCUGGAGAGAUAUUCCCAACUCGUUAUCGUUCAACAGCGCACGGUAUCUCUGCCGCAAGUGGAAAGCUGGGUGCCAUCAUUGCACAAGUUGGAUUCGCCCGUUUGAAGGACAUCGGCGGCACAAACAAUUUUGUCAAGCACAUUCUUGAAAUUUUCGCCCUGUUCAUGCUGACGGGUAUCUUCUCAACACUCCUCCUUCCUGAGACUAAGAACAGGACACUCGAAGAGCUGUCAAAUGAGGACCAGGAAGGUUUCGUCCGGGGUACCGGUCGAAUUGAAGUUGAUGACGCUGGCUUGGUCAAGCAAACAUGAUUUAUUUUUACGAGGGUAUUCAUAACGUUUAUAUGAUUAUGAUGGAGUCAGCAUUAUCAUCGUUUUUUACUGCUACAUUACACUUCACAUGCCGUCUCAUGUUCAAUAACUUGGCUCAUACUCUAGUAAUUUAACCGCG